CCAAACUGCGGCGGAUGCAUUUUGCAGAUAUUUUGCAUUUUUAUUUAAUAUUAAUUAACAAUAGUCUAUACAGUGCAAUCUUGUACAUUAUUCAGUGAUCCUUACACAAAAUGGCUGACGACGAAGCACCAUCAGACAGCAGCCUGCUAGUAAUAAUUGUUGAUACAAACCCCAACCAGCGAUACAUCACAGAGGACCCAAAAGUGCUGACAGGAUGUCUGGACGCUGUCAUAGCGUUUGCCAACUCACACUUGAUGCAAAAGGCUCUGAAUCAACUCGCUGUUAUUGGCUGCCAUUUUCAUAAAAGUGAAUAUCUGUACCCUGCACCUGGAAAACCAUUGGACGUCAGACAAAUUGAUGGACAGUAUGAAGUAUUUACAUUAGUUGAGAAAACAGUAAAAUCCAGACUGGUAAAUUUAAUCAAAAGUCAACCUCAGGAAGAGAAACCUGGUGAAUCUUUGAUAGCAGGAGCUUUAGCGAUGGCACUAUGUUUCAUAGCAAGAAUGCGCCGCGAAUCACCACCAGGUUUACGCCUAAGCAGCCGCGUGCUCAUAGUGACGGGCAGUUCCGACACCGCCGCGCAAUAUAUCAACUAUAUGAAUGUUUUCUUCACAGCACAGAAGCAGCAAGUGCUAAUCGACGUGUGCUCACUCGACAAGCACCUGAGCCUACUCCAGCAGGGCUGCGACAUCACUGGGGGUCUUUACCUGCUGGUGCCCUCGCUAGAAGGCCUGCUGCAGUAUCUACUGUGGGUGUUCCUUCCUGAGGCGUCAGAACGCGUGAAACUAGUGCUGCCUGGUCGCGGUCGGGUCGACUACCGCGCGGCUUGCUUCUGCCACCGCGAGCUGCUGACCAUCGGCUACGUCUGCUCCGUCUGCCUCAGCGUGUUCUGCAAAUUCAGUCCAAUCUGCACGACUUGCCAUACCGUGUUCAAGAUCGGAGGGCCUCUGCCCAUCAAGCCGAAAAAGAAGAAGAUGAAAGUGUAAUCCUUACUUAUGUACGUAACUGAUAUUAAAAUUUGUAAAUAAUAUAGGUGAUAAGCUAUUUUUA